UUUUUUUGAUUUUUUUUUCCCAAAACAAAGCAUGAGCUACAAGUCCGUCUCGGGCGUCGUCAUGGACGGCAUGGAGAAGCGUCGCGAGCCAUCCAAGCACUACAUCUAUGUCAUCAAGGCCAAGUACACGGACGGAACAGAACAAACGCUCUUCCGUCGGUACAACCAGUUUUUCGACUUUCAAACAACACUGCUGGACAUGUUCCCCGAGGAAGGCGGGAUUACGGGCAACCGCACCAUCCCGUUCCUUCCUGGCAAGAAGCUGUUUGGCCGAAGUCACGUUCGAGACGUUGCCAUGAAGCGCGUGCAGCCCCUGGCCGCGUACAUGGAGGCACUACUACACCUGCCACCAAAGAUCUCGGACUGCGAGUUGCUGCGCGCAUUCUUCCACCCGCUAGAGUCUGACCUGAACCCGCCAUCGGCCGUCGGCGUGAAGCGUGACAACUCGGAAGCGCUCGAAAAGCAGCGCAAGACUGCCAAGGCCAUGGUCAAUUUCGACGUGUCCAGUCCGAUGCAGCUCGAGCAGUUCCGCGCCGUCUCGUCGUACAAGGCCACCAACAAGACUGAAAUGACCCUCGAGGAGGACGUCGUGUACGACGUGAUCGAGAAGGACGACAACGGCUGGUGGUUUGUUUCCAAGGGUCCAGUACAAGGCUGGGCUCCGGCGACCUUCCUCGAGCCCGUGCAAAUUGCUGCCGCCAUCCCAGCAGUUUCGGAGCCCGCACCCAAGCUUGCGCCGUUGCCCGCACCAAUCCAAGCGGUCACACGCAAGCAAGAAACUGCCAUCGACAUUGUCAAGAAGGUGGUCCCGAUCGAAAAGGCCAAAGCCGCCAUCAACCAGUACGCCAACACGAGCAACGGCAGCAGCAGCAGCAGCAGCAGUAGCGGCGGCGGCAAGCAGUACGCCGAUCCCGCCGAAAAAGUGUACGACAGCGGCAAAGACUGGUAUGUCGCCACGGAGGACUUUGCUGGCGAGAACGACGAGGAGAUUUCCUUCUCCAAGGGCGACGUGGUCGAGGUGUUGGAUAAGGAUCCGAACGGCUGGUGGUUUGUUGCGCUCGAGGGCGAGGAGGGCUGGGCUCCUUCUACCUACCUCAAGCCCAAGUCCAAGUCCGCUAGCGGCGCAAAGGGCGCCUCCAAGUCGGGCACAAGCACACCACAAUACUCGAAUCUGCCAAACACAACAGCCACACCUGUCGUUAAAGUUCCCGCCUCCGCCAAAGGCACCACCGACACAUACUCCAAUCCCAUUGCGAACGGCACCAACUCCAAUGUUGUCGGCAUCUCCUCUGCGGCGGCCGCAGCAGCAGCCAAACUGACCCCGGCCGGUGCCGCCACCCCGAAGCCAGCAGCUGCUGCCGCCGCACCGAAGCCAGCAGUUGCCGCCGCACCGAAGCCAGCAGCAGCUGCCGCACCGAAGCCUGCUGUCGUUCCCAAGCCAGCAGUCGCCGCUGCACCCAAGCCUGCUGCAGCAGCAGCACCCCCCAAACCUGCCGGAGCUGUUGCGCCCAAACCUGCCGGAGCUGUUGCUCCAAAGCCCGCGGGUGCGAUUGCACCCAAGCCCGCAGCCGCUGCCAGUUCUGGUUAUGCCACGCCUGGCGCUGCAGCUGGCGGCCUGAGACCGACCGCAGCACCAAAGCCAUCAGUGGCUGUCCGACCGGGUGGUGUUGCUGGCCUUCGACCAACCGGAGCACCCAAAUAG